AUGGAUGCGCCAGAACCUGAACAGACUCCUUUCGCCGCUGUCACAGCCCACACGACAAAACUGCAAAGGCAUUACCAAGCCCUGCUCGACCGGUCUACGCCGUUUGUGCUCUACAGGUGGUUCGCGACCGGCGUCACCCUGCUGCUCUUCUUCGUGCGCAUUUUUGUCAUCCAGGGAUGGUACAUUGUUGCCUACGCCCUCGGCAUCUAUCUGCUCAACUUGUUCCUGGCUUUCCUGCAGCCCAAGUUCGACCCUUCCAACGAUGCCAUCGACCAGGACAUGGAAGACGGGGCCAUAGGAACGCUCCCGACCAAGCAGGAUGAGGAGUUCAAACCCUUCAUCAGGCGUCUCCCCGAGUUCAAAUUCUGGUACUGGGCUACCCGUGCCGUCGCCAUUUCCUUCUUCUGCACCUUCUUCGAAUUCUUCAACAUUCCUGUCUUUUGGCCCGUGCUGGUCAUGUACUGGAUUAUUCUCUUCGUCCUGACGAUGCGCAAGCAGAUUCAGCACAUGAUCAAGUACCGCUACGUUCCCUUCACCAUGGGCAAGAAAAACUAUCGCAAAGAUGGCUCUUAG